AUGAGGACAUGCCCCAAGCUUAAGACGAGCACCGUAGCGCAUCUCCUCCUGCGAAAGGGAGAAGCUGAACACCUCCCUCAGGAAGCUGACGAUCUAAGCAGUGGCGAAGCUUAUCAAAAAUGCUCGCUUGGCAAGGGGCUUCCCAGCUUCUACACCAGCAAUGUGGACAGAGGCCAGAAAUGCGACAAUGGAAUUCUAACCACUACGCCACAAUCUUUGACGGAUCAAAGGCCUUUUCUAGUCAAGUUGACAAACGGGACUGCAGCUGACGUGGUUGAUCAGAUGUGCUCUGGGAAGUAUAAUGGAACGUGUUCCUUCAAAUACAAGGCCACCAUCCAUGGCAUGACAGUGCUGAUGGACCAGAGUACGCUGAAGGGGUUUAUGUAUGAUUACAAAGAGUUCAUCGACCAUGUCGAGGCUGUAGGAACAGCGUGGGGGAUUCGAGCAACUCAUAAAGACUUCUGGUAUCCAGACGGGAGAACAAACUCGUCAGGAUGGGCUCUAAAUCGAAUUGGCAAUGGCGUUGACCUGGUGGCUGACGGGCAGGGUACAAACGAUUGUCACGGGCAUGGGACUCACUGCGCUGGUGUCGUAGGGGGGGUCUGGUCAGGGGUUGCUAAAGAAGCUAUUCUUCAUCCAGUUCGGACCAUGGACUGCAACGGUAGCGGCUCUUAUGACGCAAUCAUUGGUGGCCUGGAUUGGAUUGGACAGAACUACCAGCUCCCAGGAGUUGUCAGCAUGUCCUUGACAACCCCAGCUUCUCCAACUCUUGAUGCCGCAGUUGCAAGUCUAGUUGAUCUGGGCCUGGUGGUAGUUGCCGCUGCUGGUAACUACCACGCUGACGCCUGCGGCUACUCGCCUGCUAGAAGCUCGGCCGUCAUUUCCGUCCAGUCGUCGAACAACAUUGACCAGCAGUCGUCCUUCUCCAACUACGGCUCAUGCACUUCGAUCUUCGCUCCGGGAGAGGUUAUUAACAGCUGCGGAAUUUCAUCGGACAUCUCGAUUGUCGCCCUGUCAGGGACGUCGAUGGCAUGCCCAGCUGUGGCUGGUGCUGCGGCUGUUUAUCUAUCUCAGAACCCAUCGGCCCGGCCAGCUGACGUGAGCCAGGCCAUCCUGGAUGCUUCUCUGCCGUCAGCUAUCUCCGUGACCUCAGAUACUGCGUCGCCGAAAAGACUGCUGAACAUCAACAUGCAAACCCCCUACAUGACGGUCAGCCCCCGUACAAUUGUCCAAACUGAGAACUCGACGGUGACGAUCACAAUAAGCCUCAGCAGUGCUCCGCGCUACAACGUUGUUGUGCAGUUCGGCCUGGGGGACUCCACAGUCGGGCUCUUCGUUGAACAAAGCCGCUUAACCUACUUCAGCCCCUCGGACUGGCGGACCAACCGCACAGUAGUUUUGCAGCUUCUCACAUCCCCAGAUUUCCUGGACCACACGACGUCCAUGACUUUCACUUUCCUAAGCAAAGACCCCAACUUCAACAAGGUUUUGAGCGGCCAAGUGACAAGUCAAGACACAGACGUGUGCCGGCCUUGCGGCGGCACUCUGGACUACCCCAAGGUCAUUCCCCGCCUUCCAUUCUAUCAAGAGGGCUCGACCCACUUCUCCCCCACAACCAUAACCACAGCCAGCUUCUCGGGAUCUUGCGGUGGUGCGGGCCCCAACAUGAUCUACAUGCUUAUGCCUCCUUGGGACAUGACCGUGACCGCACAUGUCUGCAACAGCCAGUUCGACACAGUUUUGACUAUUCUGAAACGGACCGGAAAGACGUCCGCCGGAAUCCAGACGGUUGUGCAGGCCUGCAACGACGACUCCUGCAGUAUUCAGAGCCGAGUCACAAACGUUGCCUUGACAAAGAAUACUGUUUACUACUUCGUGAUCAACGGCUACGCAAAGGACAACGGUCUUUACGGCAUCAACGUGACGUCUCCAACGCCUCCUCCUUCGGGACAAAAGUGGCUGGCGCCCAAGGCGGUCGUGGCGCCCCCGACCACAUCCAGUUUGACCGUGGCCGAAGCGGCAGUCUUGGCGGAGGCUAAAGGGACAGUCAAUAUUCUCUCCGUGGACUCCCCCGCACCUUCUUCCCCGGUCAUGGUGGACGGCAAGCUCUUCACAAAGUGGAACACGAUGGGGUCUCUGCCACCCGCGAGCUCGGGGGCGCCGCUGGCAGAAAACCCGACUGCGAACGCGCCCUACUGGAGCGUCUCGCCUUGGACGGACUGCUCUGCGGAGUGCGGCGGCGGAGUCCAGGAUCGUGUGGUCACGUGCCUCGCGACGGACGGCAGCCCGGUCUCCGCAGACAACUACUGCGACGUGUCCGUACGGCCGUCCGAAAGGCAGCCCUGCAAUACUCAGCCCUGCAUGACGUAUUCAGUCUACACUGGGCCGUGGAGCGAGUGCUCUGUCAGCUGCGGCGGCGGCAGCCAGGAUCGCUCGUCUCACUGCCAGGACCAAUUCGGCAACACCGCAGCCCCCGAGGCCUGCGGCCUCUCGGUGGAUGACCUUGCAAAUAGAGCGGGCAACACUCAGGCCUGCAACACAGGUCCGUGCGGAGACUACUACUUUUCCCCGGGGCCGUGGUCGGUGUGCAACGCCCCCUGCCAGUGGGGUCACGCAACCAGGGACGUCCCUUGCGUGCAGAGGGCGUCAAACGCGACGGUGGAUCUUGGCUUGUGCUAUGGAGCCUCCUUGUAUGGAUCCCCUGUCGAGUACUUCUCCAGCGAGAAGGCCUGCAACACCCAGCCCUGCGGCGCCUUCUCUUGGAUGGUCGGCCCUUGGAGCGCCUGCCAAUCAGGAAAUGGCACGUGUCACAAUGGCACGCAGACCCGCCUGGUGGAGUGCCUGGACUCGAACGGCAACACUCGGACACCUGCCACGUGUUCGGAGCAGCCCGCGCCAGCAAAUGUCACCACGUGCAGCACGCUCAGCAACUACUGCGAUCCUUAUGAGGGAGGCUCAGCCUGCUCGGAACACGGGACCUGCGACAACACCGGGACCUGCACUUGCCAGGCCGGAUGGGGCGGCCCCCUCUGCGACCUUCCAACCGCAGGGCCGUGCGCGGGCGGCCGGCCGGACGUCCGCGGCGCGUGCUGCCUGUCCGGCGUCCUCGACGUCCGCGGCGCGUGCUGCCGGAACAGCACGCUCGCCGGCGCGCCAAUGCUCCUGGACGGCGCCGGACGGUGCUGCGCGUCCGGGUCCGUGGACGCCUGCGGCGUCUGCGACGGCGCCGGCAAGUUCGUCGACAGCACCGGCGCGUGCUGCGAGACGACGCGCGACGAGUCGGGCGUGUGCUGCGCGAGCGGGCUGCUCGACGAGUGCCUGGUGUGCGACGGGGACGGCACCAGCUGCGCGUCCGCGGUUACCCUAACCCUGACGCUGACCACGCCGCUAGACGCCGCCGUUAACGCGACGGUGGUGUCCGCGAACCUCGCGGUCGGCGUCGCGGCCGCGCUGGGCCUGGCGAAGCGCGCAGUGCACGUCACCGACUUCGUGGCCGUUAACACGACGGAGGGCGCGGGCCAGAUGAGCAGCCCGGACCCGAGCGCCGGGAAGAGCCGGCCCCUGGCCGAGUACGUCUACGUCGAUCUGAUGGUGCAGCCGCUGGGAAUGAGCGACAGCUCAGUCGUGGGGCGGAGCGCGUCUGUCAUUGCCGCUCUCGACACGGCUCUUGGCGGCGGAAACGGGCCGCUCGCGCUGAGCCAGUUUGGCUUCCCAGAUGGGGUGAUGCUCGAAAGCGUGGACCCCGUUGUGAGGCGAGGGAUCUGCGGGAAUGGCGUGUGCGAGAUCGGCGAGCGCUGCACGCCGCUCGGCACCAGCGCGAGCGGCCCCGCCAACGACUCCUCCGCGGUGCCACAAUCGCCCCCCCAGUGCUGCUACAAGGACUGCCCGUACGUCGCUCAGGCUUGUCCCCUCGCCCUGACUGGCCCCCUCAGCGGCCAGGUUUGCGGCGCGCGCGGCCGCUGUCUCGACGCAACUGGCACGUGCGACUGCUUCGUGGGCCACACGGGCACCGACUGCAGUCUGUGCGUCCGGGGUUUCGUACCAACCGCAUCGGGUUUGUGCGUUAACCCGGAAAGUGGAAAGCAGAACGGAACGGUGGCCGGGUUGGAGGGAACCCCAGGUUCCGGGCCCACUGGCGCGCCGUCGGGGUCGGGGAGCGGCUCUGGGGUGGCGGCGACCGCGGGAACGAACAGCACGAAGCUGAUCAUAGGGCUGGUUGUCGGUCUGGCCGUCGUGAUUGUGGCCGCGGCUGCGGCCGCGGUGAUCAUCCGAAAGAAGCGCACGCCCCGCCAGGGCGCGCCUGCUGCCGCUGCGACUGCGUCCGUCAGUCCCUUGACGGCUCCCACUGCUUCGACUUCCGAAGCAUCCCAAGUCCCGACUGAAAAGGAUGCAAAGAAGGAGACCGGCGAGUCUGCUGUGGGCGUUGGCUCGCAGGCAGAAACGGCAGAGCCGACCUCCCCGAGAUCGAUCCCUCACCUGAACGGCGAAAGCACGGAAAUAGCUCCGGCACAGCAUUAA